CCCAACUCGGAAUCUUGUAUCGUCAACACGCUCGCUCAUAUUGCAAUUGCAUAUUGUUUUUCCUUCUUGCUGGCUGGCCAACGACGACAAUCGCGUUCUGCACCAUCCUUCACCCGCUGCCAACAAACGAAACGAAACGAAACGAUGGGCAACUGCUCUUCGUGUCUUGGGAGACGCCGCGAUGACUUUGACGAGGACGACGAGGCUCGCAACCUGUUCGACGACCCAAACAGCAUACACUAUGGAAGCUUCGACCAGCAGCAGGUGAUGGGCCACGAAGACCCGCAGGAGGUUCAAAGAGAGAUUGAGGCUCUGCAAAGGGUGGUGGCACGCACGUCAGACAACAUGGUCGACAUCUACGACAUUAUGCCGCAGGACAAGGUCGUGCAGCCUGCCCCCGCCCCCUACUCGUAUGCCGGCCAGGAGGCUCGCAUGGCCCGCUACCAGACCCUGCUUUCCAAGCUGUCGUCGCACGACGGCCUCAGCUCUGUGGCGCGCGUUGAUUGGGGCCUCCCCGAAGAUGACAACAUCGAGAUGCAGCAGAGCCCGCUUCCCAUCAAGCUCGACGAGUGCGAGGCUCUUGUCGGCAACUUUGCCGAUGCUGCAGCCGCCAUGCGCUGAGCCACGCACCACGCACCACGCACUGAGCCCGCU